AUGCGCCCUUCUAGCACACAUUUUCGCGUUCCCUCUUCUCGUCGUCCCAAUACCUCCGCUCGGCCCAGUGCUGGUCCCCAGUUCGCGUCAACACCUCGUUUCGUGCUCUCCCAGCAGACCCCUGGUUCAACCGCGCGGGUACAUGGCAAGGAUGAACUCGUCGAUGGCGAUGAAUCUCCUCAAUCCACCCCUAUCGCGAAUACACGGGCCGCCAAAAGAGAGCAAGGCAUUGGACCAACCCAGCGCCAGAAAGAGAUAAUCGAAGACUCCGAUGACGGGCUCGAUGACAAUGAAGGAGCACACAGAACCUCGCACAAUGACAUCACCGGGAGCCCAGACCCGGAUAGUAGUCCACCAGGCGAAGCAGGCGAACUCGAGGCUGAAUUUGAAGCUCUCUUCGGACCGACGACGACACGACCAAAGCGAAGGCGUGCAUCGCUUGACCCAGAAACACCCUUCACCCAGCGAAGAAAACACGAUGUCGAUAUCAUUCAAACAUCUUCCCCGGAAGCAUCAUCGCCUACGAUGGACCGUACUCAACAACAAAUCCAACCUCCGAACCAGACAUAUCCCGAGAUAAACCCUCAGCGAACCACCACCACCACCACCAGUCCCCAAACUUCAACCCCAGCAACUAUCAAACCCUCCUUCCGCAACAACCCUCGCUUCACGCUAUCAGCCUCCCAGGCAUUUCCAGGGACCCAACCUCAAUCAAGCGCCCGGCCACCCCCAUUCGCAACACCGGCACCGACGUCCCCGCCCCCGAAACGGAAACCGACGUUCGUUCUUCCGCGCUCGCCGUCCCCAUCCCAGGCCGCUGAAGACCCCUCUGCCAUUCCUACCCCAUUCUCCCCUUCGUCUCACACGCUCCGCCGUCGUGGUCGCGCCCGCUCCUCGGCCCCUAGUUACCUGCCCGGCGGCAUGGCGGCCGAAGUGCGCAGCUGGAUAUUGGAAAUGAGCACUAAGCGGGAACAGAUGCAGAUGAACUACCGAAACCGCACCGGAGCCGGACCCGAUUUGCAAAGGUAUUUUCUCGUCGUUCGUAUCGCGGAUGUUCGUCAGUCUGCCCUCGCUAGUUCCGGACCGCUUGCUUUCGUGCGAGGCCAGCCUGUGACGUCACUGGAAGAUGAAGAGGAUGCUUCUGGUCAUCGUGAGAGCAGUGAGAUGAAACAUAUUCUUCUUCUAGGGACCCCGCGAUCCCAGCCUGCUGGCGUGCCGUCGCAGCAUCCAGAUGCUAGUCCUGUUCCUGAACUUGUUGGGGGGAACCUGGUGGGUGUUCAUCGGGGAUUGGUCUGGGAGUUAGAUUUGGAGGAUAGAUUGUCUGGAUAUGGUGUACAAAGUGAUCCUAAUAGCGACGGGCAAGGACAACCUGGGGCCACAACCAAGUGGCUUGUGUGUAUGGAGUGGGAUCUGAUAUCAGUAGAUUGA